AUGUGUAUGAUUUGUUGGACUGAGGGUCUCACCGAAGCUCCUUCAAUCCAAUUAGAUUGCGGUCACAUUUUCCAUCAAGACUGCACCAAGAAUCUUUUAGAGGCCAGAUGGAGCGGUUCCAGAAUUUCAUUUGGCUUUGCUCAAUGCCCAAUAUGUAAAAUCCCAAUCUCACACAAAUCAUUAAAACCAAUUACCGAUGUCAUUGACAAUAUCCGUGAAGAAAUUAUCCGUAAAGGUAAAGUUCGUGUUGAGUAUCACAAUAUGAACAAUGAUCCUUCUCUUUUACCAGGUGGUCGUUAUGAAAACCGUAUUGAAGAUUUCAUUAUGGAUCACUUUUCUUAUUAUUUAUGCUUCAAAUGCAAACAACCAUACUUUGGAGGAACAAAUCAAUGUGUUGCUGGUGCUGCCGCUCAAAACUUUAAUCCUGAAGAAUUAAUCUGUGGUGGUUGUUCAUCCGGUGAUAAUCCUUCUUCAAUUUGUCCAAAACAUGGUAAAGAUUAUUUAGAAUUCAAAUGCAGAUAUUGUUGUAGUGUUGCUAUUUGGUUCUGUUUCGGAACAACCCAUUUCUGUGAAUCUUGCCACAAUAAUCAUACCACCCUUUCAGAUAAAAAGAAACAUCCACAAUGUCCAGUUGGUCCAGGUGGUAUUGAAUUAUCUGGUGAUGUUUGUCCUCUUAAAGUUGAUCAUCCACCAACUGGUAAAGAAUUUGCCUUGGGUUGUGGUAUUUGCAGAGAAUCCUUCUAA